AACUUCCGCCCGGCAGCAGCGCUAACUUCAGUCCUCCACACAGACAACACCAAACUAAACUCUGCCGCUGUGCCGCUGCUGUUCUGCGAGGCCGUGCAGCAGAAGAUCAGAGGGACGUUUGUAGCCUGACAUCUGCUGAGUUCACCUCAAAGUGAAGAAUUUAUCUGAUCAGUUUGAUCUUAGGUUAGCUAACUGCUCGUUAGCUAGCAUGCUGCUUUCUCAACACACCAGACAAGUCCUCCUGGUUUAAUUCUUUUCUAGUCAUGACUGAGUUAAGAUGCCGGAAAUCGGAGACUUUGGAAGGAGAUAAUGACGAGGAAGAGAGACAAAAGGAGCCAGAGCAGCAGACCAAACCACCAGAUGUGGAUGAGGUGAGUGGGUCCAGCGGUGGAGCCGGUGACAGCUCGCAGCAGAAAGAUGAAGGUGAAGUUAAAGGUGGUCAGCAUGAACAGGAGAAACCAAACGGAGCCCAGUCAUGUGUCAAAACCAAGAGAUUAUCUGUUUUUUUACAGCGUCUGGUGCGGGUGUUCUUUGGCUGUCUGGCAGCCGUUGCGUGUGGCAUGCUGUAUGCAGUGUAUCUGUCUACAUAUCAUGACAGGAAGUUCUGGUUUUCAACUCGACAGGAGCUGGAGCGUGAGAUCACUUUCCAGGGAGGCAGCGGGCUCUAUUAUUACUACUACAAACGCAUGUUAGCAGCCCCGUCCUUUGAGAGAGGGUUUUAUGAGCUGGUGGUAGAUAACAGGACGGUUUCAGGUCAGAGCAUCAACGCAGUCGAACGUUUGUCUCUUUAUCCCGAGCUCAUCACAAGCUUGAUAUACAGAGUCACGGGCAGCCAGGACUUUGUGGAACCGAUCUACUUCUACAUUGGAGCGGUUUUCGGCCUGCAGGCGGUCUGUGUCACUGCCCUCUUCGUGUGCAGCUGGGUGAUGAGUGGCACCUGGGUGGCCGGCAUGUUGGCUGUGGCCUGGUAUGUGAUCAACAGACCAGAUACAACCAAAGUGGAUCAUGCUAUUCCUCUGCGGGACAACUGGGCUCUGCCUUAUUUCUCCUGUCAGGUCGCAGCUUUGACUGGAUUCCUGAGAAACAACAUCAGCUCUGCCACUGAGAUGUUUUGCUAUCUUACCAUGAGUGCCACCACUUUCACCUUCCUCCUGGUCUGGGAACACAGUCACUACGUGCUCUUCAUCCAGGGCCUCUGUCUGUUCCUACUUGACUCUUUUGACCUGGUGCCCCCACGUAAGAUGGCUGACAUUCACAAGGUGUACCUCAGCUCCUUGUUCCUGGCCUACCUGUUCCAGUUUCAGAACGCAGCCCUGCUCAGCUCGCCUCUGCUCAGCCUCCUCAUUGGCUCAGUUCUGGCGAGGUACUUGCAGCAAAGGAUGAAGAUGGGUCCUCUUGUGGCAAGAGUGAUGAAGCUCUUCCUCCAUUUCUACCUGGUCUUCACCUCUGGGAUCACCUUCAGUUAUCUGGUCAAGAAACUCAUUCCUGUGAAUGAGAGUGACUUCAUAUUGAAGUUCCUUGAAGUAAAAUUUGGACUCAACACAACAACCGACUUUGUCCCCAACUUCCUCUUGUGCCAGGAAAGUUUCCAAACGCCCGGUCAGGACUUAUUUCUACGACUGACGCAGGCCUCGGUCCUUCCCUUCUACUUCCUCGUGCUCACUGUCUGCCUGCUGUCAGCCUUACAGGCAAUCUACAGAAGACUCAGUGGUCAGCCAGUGCACAAAACCUACAGCCUCGAGAACGGACGAAUAGGAGAGCAGCCCGAGGUCGUCUAUCAUGUUUUCCACACGAUGUUUUUUGGAGGCCUUGCUCUGCUCUUUGACGGGAUGAAGUAUUUCUGGACGCCGUACGUCUGCAUGUUCACAGCAUUCGGUGUGUGUUCUCCUGACCUCUGGAUGACGGUGUUUAAGUGGCUCAAGCUGAAGUCCAUCCACCCUGUAGUAUUGUCUCUGAUUCUGAGCACGGCUGUUCCCACGAUCAUCGGCUUCAGUCUGUGGAGAGAGUACUGCCCUCGUGUCUUAGCGGAGUUAUCAGAACUGCAGGAGUUCUAUGACCCAGACACAGUGGAGCUGAUGAGCUGGAUCAGGUCCCAGGCUCCGGUGGCAGCCGUGUUUGCAGGCAGUCCACAGCUGCUGGGAGCCGUGAAGCUGUGUUCGGGUUCAGCUGUAACUAGUUUACCUCUUUAUUCAGACGUCGACCUGCUGAAGAGGACCGAAGACACGUACCAGGUGUACGCCAUGAGAUCUGCAGAGGACAUCUACAAGCUCCUGACCGCUCAAAAAACAAACUACGUGAUCAUCGAAGAGUCGAUUUGUAAUGAGCUCACUCUUAAUAAGGGCUGCAGGAUCAAAGACCUGCUCGACAUCUCCAACGGACACGUCGUCUACGACAAAGGAGAGAUUUACUCCUUCUCCAAAUACGGACGAUUCUGUCACGAGAUAAAGAUGAACUACUCGCCCUACACAAACUAUUUCACCCGAGUCUUCUGGAACCGCUCAUACCACGUCUACAAAGUGAACUCCGUCAUCUCCUUUCAGUAUUGAGGGGCCGCCGCAGCUCCUCCGGGGUUUCACAUCGUGUCCACAGAUCAGCGCGCCGGGCUGGAAAAAAACUCUGAUCGUCCCGGUGUGUCGGCGGGAGAGCUGCACAUUCAAACAAAGCAAGGGUCAGCUGAUCACACUGCAUCAGCCAAACAACAUGUGUGUUAUUAAUCACUGUACUGUAGUUUUAUAAGCCAUGUGUUACUGUGAUGGGUUUAAUGAAGGUGGAGAGCGAUGCUCACUUUGUGCAGAAGCCAAGAGUCACAGAGAUUAGUGCAGGUGUUUAUCUGGAAGCAGCCAGGGGCGUAAUCCUGUCCUCUGAUUGGCCCUUUGGUGGAACCGUCUUGACAAACAUUGAUUGACUAGCCAUCAUAUUUCACACACACAUCGCUAAUUGCUGGCAUUAGCAUUUAGCUCACAGCACAGCUCGACGGAGGAUCCAGUGCAACUGUGAGUCAUUUUUUUGGGGGGGGGGGGGGGCUUUGGACACAACAGUUAUUUUGAUUUUUGUCUGAAAUGGUUUGUUAUUUCUGUUCAUGUGUUAUAAUCAUGCCGGUCGUGUCUUCUGCCUAAAUUCUGGAGUUCAUGUGUUAAACUGACAUAGUUUGAUAAAUUUGUUUUGAUUGAAAUAAAAUAUUUUGAUUUUUUUGAUGAUUGAGCUCAUAAUCAUAAUCAGCCAAAAAGUAAAAAAUAAAUAAACGUGCUUUAUAGAAGGAUAACACAUAAGUCAGAACAGUUUAUUAUCUGGACAAUAAUUUUAUGGUUACCAAAAAAUAGUGAGAAGCACACGUGCGCUCUUGUCUUUGUUUGCUCAUGAAAUACUCAUGUUGUGUGUGCGUGCAUGAGUGUGUGUGCGUGUGCAUCGUUCUUUGAGGGGUUGUGUUGUUGCUGCUUUUACAUCAGAGGCGUCUCUGGCCUGUUUGCUGCUCGUUGUGUGAUCUGACCUGUUAAAUGGAGGUGGAGGAGCGGUUCAGAGGCGUGCCAUCAGUUUGCAUUUGUUACUGCUGCCUGAAAUCUGCUACUGAAAAUCACUGAUAUCUGAAGUACACUCAAAAUAUGCUUAUGUCUGAACUCUCUGACUGGUCUUAUUGUGUUCUGCUUUGUUUCAUUUCUUUGAUAUGAGGCGUCUGUAUUCAUGGUUUAUAUAAAAGGACUUGACUGAAUUAUUGAGGAACUGCAGAAAAUUCUGCAGCUCUAAAUUGAUUUCAUACCUUAAAGGUAGUGGAGGCUGGAGGUGGCUGCUCCCAUAUCUUUACUCAUCACCUGUGAGACUCAUCAUUUCCUGUCUGUCAGCUGUUUAAGUAUUUGGUGGUGCUCUCGGUGAGCAGCCGUCUCUCUGCAGGAAGGCCGUGUGGUGAAUAACUGAUGGAAAUUAAAAGUGUGUG